GGGGCGGAGGGGCGGGCGCGGAGAGGGAGGCGGGAAGAGCGGUGCACUUCCGUUGGCCGCUCACUUACUGGUAGCUCCGGAGGCGGCGGAGGGAGUGCGCGGCCCGGGGACUGUAUUCCCCGGCCCCCUCCGCCCCACGCGCCCGGACCAUGGAUACCAGGUGGUGGGCAGUGGUGGUACUGGCCACGUUCCCCUUCCUGGGGGCAGGAGGGGAGGUUCCCGAAGCCCCGCUGGAGUCAUGGACCCAGCUAUGGUUCUUCCGCUUUUUGGUGAAUGCUGCUGGCUAUGCCAGUUUUAUAGUACCUGGCUACUUCCUGGUGCAGUACUUCAGAAGAAGGAACUACCUGGAAACAGGUAGGGGCCUCUGCUUUCCCCUGGUGAAAGCCUGUGUGUUUGGCAAUGAGCCGAAGGCUUCAGAUGAGCCCCCUCUGACUUCCCGGACAGAGUCAGCAGAGACCACCCCCACUUGGCAGGCACUGAAGCUGCUCUUCUGUGCCACAGGCCUCCAGGUAGGUGUCCUAUCUUACCUGGGGUGUGCUGCAGGAAAGAGUAAUGACCCAAAGCUACGGGACCACAGCCACAACACCAGGUGAGCGCUUCACAGACUCACAGUUCCUGGUGCUGAUGAACCGUGUGCUGGCGCUGAUGGUGGCUGGCCUCUACUGUGUGCUCUGCAAGCAACCCCGACACGGGGCACCCAUGUACCGGUAUUCCUUUGCCAGCCUGUCAAAUGUGCUUAGCAGCUGGUGCCAGUAUGAAGCUCUCAAGUUUGUCAGCUUCCCCACCCAGGUUCUGGCCAAGGCCUCCAAGGUGAUCCCUGUCAUGCUGAUGGGAAAGCUGGUGUCGCGGCGCAGCUAUGAGCACUGGGAAUAUCUGACUGCUGGUCUCAUCUCUGUAGGAGUCAGCAUGUUUCUGCUGUCCAGUGGACCAGAGCCCCGCAGCUCUCCAGCAACCACUCUCUCAGGUCUCAUCCUGCUGGCAGGCUACAUUGCUUUUGACAGCUUCACCUCGAACUGGCAGGAUGCCCUGUUUGCCUACAAAAUGUCAUCAGUGCAGAUGAUGUUUGGGGUCAACUUAUUCUCCUGCCUCUUCACAGUAGGCUCAUUGCUGGAGCAGGGGGCUCUCCUGGAGGGGACCCGCUUCAUGGGACGACACAGCGAGUUUGCAGCCCAUGCCCUGCUGCUGUCUGUCUGCUCGGCCUGUGGCCAGAUCUUCAUCUUCUACACCAUUGGGCAGUUUGGAGCUGCUGCCUUUACCAUCAUCAUGACCCUCCGGCAGGCAUUUGCCAUCCUCCUGUCUUGCCUCCUUUAUGACCACACUGUCACUGUGGUGGGGGGGCUGGGUGUGGCUGUAGUCUUUGCUGCCCUCCUUCUUCGAGUCUAUGCCCGGGGUAAAAAACGAGCAAAAAAGGCAGUACCCACUGAAUCCCCUGUACAGAAGGUUUGAGGGAGGA